AUGUCUGCCUCUCUCUUCCGUCGCAACGCCGCCCUCGGCGCCCGCCGUGCCUUCAGCACCACCGCCCCUCGCCCCGUCGCCAAGAUCUCCAUCAUUGGCAACCUGGCCGACACCCCCGAGCUACAGGAGACUUCCUCCGGUCGUGAGAUCAUCCGCUACGCCGUCGCCUCCAACUCGGGCUCCAAGAACAACCGUCAGACGUCGUGGUUCCGUGUGGCGAGCUUUGCCGAGGGUCCCUCGCGGGACUACCUCCUUGCGCUCCCCAAGGGUUGCAUGGUCUUUGUCGAGGGUGACGCGAGCAUGAGCACCUACGAGGAUGCCGAGAGCGGCAAGACAAGGAGCAGCCUGAACAUUUUGCAACGCUCUAUUGAUGUGCUCAAGCGCCCUCACCAGCUCCCUGAGGAGUCUCAGUAA